AUGGCUUCGCCGUCACCAAAAUCGCCGGAACAAAGUGAAAAAACCAAACAAUAUGACCGGCAACUCCGACUAUGGGGAGAUCAUGGUCAGUCUGCACUCGAACAUGGUCAUAUUUGUUUAAUUAACGCAACAGCGUUAGGUACUGAAAUAUUAAAAUCCAUAGUAUUGCCUGGGGUUGGGGCCAUAACUAUAAUCGAUGAUAAAGCAGUCAGUGAUGAAGAUAUAGGAAGCAAUUUCUUCUUGAAAUGCUCCAGUAAGGACUUAAAUAGAGGUACUGAAACUUUGCGGCUUUUGCUAGAAUUAAAUCCAGCUGUCCGAGGGCAUGCAGUUCAAGAACCUACAGAUCAAAUUCUUAGAGAAAACCCUGAUUUCUUCAAAGCUUUUAGUGUAGUUAUAGCUACAUCCCUUGGAGAAAAAACUAUUCAGGAUCUAGCUCAACAUCUAUGGAAUGUGAAUGUCCCCCUGAUCCUAUGUAGAUCAGUUGGAUUUUUGGGAUCUUUCAGGAUUCAAAUAAAGGAACAUGCAGUCAUUGAAACUCAUCCUGAUAAUGAACAAACUGAUUUGAGACUGGAUGCACCAUUCCAAUCAUUAGCAGAUUACUUAGAUAGUAUUGAUAUAGACACUGUUGAUUUAAAGGACCAUGGUCACAUACCAUGGAUUGUAAUUAUUUACAAAGCUGUGAAAAAAUGGCAGGCCAGUAAUCAAAAUCGUUGGCCAAUGAGUAGAAAAGAGAAGAAUGAAGUGAAGUCUAUUAUUGGUGAAUUCAUUAGAAGGGAUGAAAAUGAUGUUCCUAUCAAUGAAGAAAAUUUUGAAGAAGCCAUAAGAGCAGUCAACACUGCUCUUAUGCCAACAUACUUACCUGUAAAAAGUCAAGAAUUGUUGUACUGCAGUGCUGCUACUAACUUAACAAAGGAUAGCACUCCUUUUUGGAUCAUGUGCUCUGCAUUAAGAGGGUUUGUUGAAGGUGAAGGAAAAGGCAAACUGCCAGUCAAAGGUGUGUUACCGGACAUGACUGCAUCAACAGAGCACUACAUCAAAUUACAAAAUCUAUACAGAACUCAAGCUGCAAUGGAUGCUGAAAUAGUGUAUAGAAAAGUGCAACAAAUUGUUGCCCAAUUACAUUGUGAGAACAUCAGUGAAGCUGAUGUGAAAUUGUUCUGCAGACAUGCACAUGACUUGCAUCUCAUUAGUGGAUCUAGUAUAGCUUCAGAAUACCAGUUGACUAGUUCAGUGGCUUCUUACAUAGCCAAACAUUUAGAGGAGCCAGAUGUGAUGAUGGUGCACUAUGUAUUAUUAAGAGCUGCUGAAAUGUUUGUAUCAGAACACUGUAGAGCUCCAGGAGAUUGGGAACCUGAGGGUGACAUUGCUAAAUUAAAGGCUUGUGUCACUAAACUCCUCAGUGAUGUAUCCUGUCCUCCUUUCCCUAAAGAUGAUCAUGUCCAUGAAAUGUGUAGAUAUGGUGGAGCAGAAAUACAUAGUGUGUCAGCAUUUUUAGGUGGUUGUGUAGCUCAUGAGGCCAUUAAAAUUGUUACCAAGCAAUAUAAACCAGUGAAUAAUACAUUUAUAUAUGAUGCUGCUUCUACUAACACUGCUACAUUUACAUUUUAA